CAUUCGAUUUUACAGAAACUAUAAAUCUACAAGAAAAUAAUAAAAAAUCAAGAGAGAGAGAGAGAGAGAAAAGAUGAAGGAAGAACAAUGGGCACCAGUGAUAGUUAUGUUAAUAUCAAGUAUAGCAAUGGGAUCAGUGAAUGCUCUCGUUAAGAAAGCACUUGAUGUUGGUGUUAAUCAUAUGAUCUUUGCUGCCUAUAGAAUGGCUAUUUCUGCUUUGAUAUUGGUUCCGUUUUCUUAUAUUUGGGAGAGGAAAACAAGACCAAAGCUAACGUUAAUGCUCUUGUGCGAACAUUUCGUCAGCGGAUUACUUGGGGCAAGUUUGAUGCAAUUUUUCUUUUUGCUUGGACUAUCGUACACGUCAGCAACUGUUUCGAUGGCUCUAAAUAGCAUGUUACCCGCUAUUACCUUUACGUUGGCCCUUAUUUUUAGAAUAGAGAAGGCGCAAAACCUAAUUAAGAGCAAAGCAGGUGUGCUCAAGUUAAUAGGAACCCUAAUUUGCAUACUUGGGGCAAUGUUCUUAACAUUUUUCAAAGGUCCACAAGUAUCAAACCCUCACACUCAUCCAGAGGCUCUUCACAACAGCACACUACAUAACAAUGGUCACGACCUUACAAAUAAAUGGCUUCUAGGCUGUCUUUACUUGAUCAUUGGGACAGUGUUAUUAUCUCUAUGGAUGUUGUUUCAAGGGAAAUUAAGCAUUAAGUAUCCAUGCAGUAAGUACUCAAGUACUUGUCUAAUGUCAGUCUUCGCAGCAUUUCAAUGUGCCAUUUUGAGUCUUUAUAAGAGUAGAGAAGUCGAAGAUUGGGUCAUCGAAGACAAAUUCGUCAUCUUUGUCAUCAUUUACGCUGGAAUUGUGGGACAAGCGAUGUCGACAGUAGUGACGUCAUGGUCAAUAAAAAUGACGGGAGCAGUCUUCGUGUCAACAUUCAGCCCCAUCAGUCUCGUCUCUGCUACGUUAUUCGAUUUCCUCAUCUUACACUCUCCUUUAUACCUCGGCAGCAUACUUGGAUCAGGAGUGACUGUAACGGGUCUUUACGUGUUUCUUUGGGGGAGGAAGAGUGAGACAGAUCAGUCUAUUUCGAAAACUCUGACCACUUCCAAGUCUUGUCAAAUGAUUGGAAACGAAGACAGUAUUAAUAUAAAUGAUAACAAUACUAAAUCGCCCGUUUGAUAUAUUAUAGUGUACAAUAGAGCUCAUCACGAUCAUAAUAGUAUAUAUGGAGAUAUAUAUUUU